UUUGAGAACCAGCGGUUGAGUUGGGUUUGGUUUGGUUGGGUUGAAUCCUCCGCCCGUUCUUUCGUUGUUUCGUGUCGAUGCUUUCGAGGAACUUUUUUAGGCUUUAAACUUUCAGCUAAGCUAUAGUAACAUCAACAACCAACAUAUUUCCUUUCAAUUUUCCUCCCCUUUCUUCUCAUUUCCUUCCUUCAAUGGCUAACGUUCUACAGACUUCUUUCCUUCCUUCUACUUCUUCCCUUCGCCGGCCCUCCAUUUCCGGUUCCAAAGGGAAGUCUCAAUCCCUUCAAGUGAAGGCCAAGAUACGAGAGAUUUUCAUGCCCGCACUCAGCUCUACAAUGACGGAAGGUAAGAUCGUGUCUUGGAUGAAGUCGGAAGGGGACAAGUUGUCUAAAGGGGAGAGCGUUGUUGUUGUGGAAUCCGACAAGGCUGACAUGGACGUCGAGAGUUUCCACGAGGGAUUCCUCGCCGCUAUUAUGGUGGAGGAAGGCGGCGUUGCUCCCGUCGGUUCUGCAAUCGCCCUCUUGGCUGAGACUGAAGACGAGAUCUCUGAAGCCAAAGCUAAAUCGCAGUCUUCUUCGAGUAGCACUCCUCAGGUAGUAGAAGAAAAGCCAAAGCAAAUUGAAGAGGCGGCUCCGGAUGUUCCAGCUGCUGCUGCUGCUCCAUCAGUUCCGGUCGCAAAGGCUGUAACUUUGGGGUCCGCCGUGCAUCCGGCUUCGGAAGGAGGGAAGAGGAUAGUUGCCUCGCCGUAUGCCAAGAAAUUGGCUAAGGAGUUGAAGGUGGAUUUGGGAACAGUGGUGGGGAGUGGACCAUUGGGGAGGAUUGUGGCUAAGGACGUCGAGGCAGCUGCGGUAGCAGUACCGGUGGCUGCUUCUCCGGCGAAGCCAGAUCCUGUGGCUCCUGGGAUUGAAUUGGGAACAGUGGUUCCUUUUACCACAAUGCAGGGUGCUGUGAGUAGGAAUAUGGUCGAGAGCUUGUCAGUGCCUACGUUCCGAGUUGGGUACACCAUCACCACAAAUGCACUUGAUGCCUUGUACAAAAAGAUCAAGUCCAAGGGUGUAACAAUGACAGCAUUGCUUGCAAAGGCAACUGCACUUGCAUUGGUUCAACAUCCAGUGGUGAACUCCUGCUGUAGGGAUGGCAACAGCUUUACAUACAAUAGUAGCAUCAAUAUUGCUGUUGCUGUAGCUAUAGAUGGAGGGUUGAUUACACCGGUUCUACAAGAUGCUGAUAAGGUUGACAUUUAUACAUUGUCAAGAAAGUGGAAAGAGUUGGUUGAUAAGGCACGGGCCAAGCAACUGCAACCUCAUGAAUAUAAUACAGGUACUUUCACCCUGUCUAACCUUGGGAUGUUUGGUGUGGACCGGUUUGAUGCCAUUCUGCCACCUGGAACUGGAGCAAUUAUGGCGGUUGGAGCUUCUCAGCCCACCGUGGUGGCUAGCAAGGAUGGCCGCAUUGGCAUGAAGAACCAAAUGCAGGUAAAUGUGACGGCAGAUCACCGAGUGAUCUAUGGUGCUGAUUUAGCUGCAUUCUUGCAAACACUGGCUAAGAUUGUGGAGGAUCCUAAAGAUCUUACCUUCUAGUGUGGGACAAUUUGUGUUUGUAGCAUGCUCCCUGUUUUUGAAAUCACUUGAGAUGAAAAUUUUUAGGCGUUAUCCAGUUGAGAACAAGACACAUUUCUAUACUUACUCGACUUUAUCCACUCCUUUUUUUUUUCUUUACUUCACCCUUUCUAUUAUUAAUUAUAAAGUUUCCGUUUGUUUUC